GAGCAGACUGUUCGACACUACAAGAACCCACUCGUGCAGCGUAUUAUCUGCCUGGCGCUAUUCAUUUUCUGCCUCGUACUCACCAUGGCAGGGACUGGGCACUUUAUGCGAGGUUGGGACUAUUUGAGCUUCCCAGGCGCGGCAAAGGUGACCAGUGGGGACGGUGAUUGGAGUCCUCAACGUCUUCGAGGACGUGCGAAGCGAAGCGCCGGGGAUCUCCUGACGGGAGCAGCUUUGCCAAAGAUGUUCCUGCGAUCCGCUACCGACGGCUCUCCAGAUCCAGGCGCACGCGCGAAGCCCCUUGACGAUCAGCACCUGGAAGAUCACGGUCUUAAACGAGAAGACUUCGUGUUUGCAACGUUGCGGACACAAAAGCAACAGCAACAGAGAAGUCCCGUCAUAGAGCAGAAUCAACAGCAGACGGAACAACAAUCGCGAACAACGACUCCAUCGCUUAUCCGCAAACAUUUCGGCCAACAGCGUGUCGCGCCCGAACUCCCACGAGCUGAUAUUGAUCAUGAUCAGAAUGGCACGAGGAUUUUUGUUGAGAAUCGCCAGAAGGUGGAUGAUGAUCGCGAGCAAGUAGAUGUUCAGCAGCCUGCUUUUCGCCUUCGUCGUCGUGCCUACAACAUCGACAGCGUUGAAAGGAGCCACAACUCCAAGAAGAAGAUGACGCACCAUCAUGGUGGUUCUGGCACAGGAGAUGACAACUACAACAAGGUCCUCGACGAGCGCUACAACUUCAAAAGUCAUGCAGUUUCUGAGGCAGGAGGCGACGAGUAUGCUACGAAGAAUGGCGCUCCUCUACUCCCACGUGGAGGAGGUGGAGUCCACGACGCACAUAUUGGCGGAGGGCUUCAAAAUGACGAAGAUAUACAAAUAGGACGGCAUACGAAACAACGCGGCGACAUCAUCAAGAACGGCGUUGGAGGACAAGGACAUCAAAACACCCAAGUGAUCGCCCUGACGAGUGCGAUGAUGAGUAAGAGGACUUCAACGUCUUCCACUACUGGAAGGCUUGAUCCCCCGUCCGCGUUUUUUCAGCGAGAGCUCGUACUGGAGCGCAACUCGGCACAUCGAUAUGCAGACUCCCCAGAGCUUGAUCAGGUUCGGUCUGCGGCGGCGGAGAUUUGUACCAAAUUGAACGAGAAAAUGCAUCCUUUGGGGAAAUAUUGUCCCCGCGAACAGAAUAGCUUUCAUAAUUGGAUGGUGUCAGCCGAUAACGAGGCUCGGAGCGGCUUACGGAAGGCCACAUCCGGAAAACCACCUCUCCCGGAUCGUGCUGGUGAGUACUUUGAUUGGGGUAAUUGUCCUCCAGCAGGGUCUUCUGUCUCUUCCACCGACACUACUGCCUGCCUUGUGGAGAAGAGGGCUAUUGCAGCGGCCGUCUGGGCCCCAAAGCGCUUGGCAACUGAGACCCUGCUGCAGCAGCUUCUCUGGAAAUACUUUGCGUCGCAGCGAGACCCAUCUCAGCCGGAUGAAAACUGUGUUCCCUUCGUGUCGUUUUUGGCGAUCGGAAAGGAUCCUAACCGCGGGAGCAUCCUUGCCUAUAUUGUCACGGAGAAGACGAUGCCUUUACCCAAAAAAACGUUCAAAAACGGAAAUUUUCAGUUGCUUUAUGACAUGACUGAUGCCGAUACAUUGACGAGGAGAGCCAAAAAAGCUAAGGAGUGCCUAAGCAUCAUGAACCAGAAGAUUGGGGUCACGCACGGCCAUUUCAACCAGGGCAGUGUCCAGUUACACCCGGAGACGGGGGGGCUCCGUCUUAUCGACUUUGGUGCGUCGACGGCGUGGUGGAUGGAUGAAGACCCGAAGACGGGAGGUCGUCUCGAUCUCAUCGCCGGAAGAUAUUCAGAACGCGAAGAGUAUUACCAAGGGUCAACGUAUAUGCAUCCGAAUCUUAUCGGGAUUCCAAGUUGUGCUCAGCAAGAACAGCGGGGCUACGCAAAUCCUCCGAAUGUUGGACUGCAUAUUGAUCUAUAUGCGUUGGCGGUAAGCCUGGUUCAGGACUGUUUUUUUACCAUUGGGAAGGGCGGAAUUAUACUGCGUAUUUUCGCGGACGCAAUUGAGUUUGGACUUUCUUUCAAGGGACUUGCUCGCAAACCGUUUUUAGUAGAAACUUACAAGUCUUAUAAAGAUCAGCCUGCCCUACAGCAUGAAGUUGCGGAGUUUGGAAAGCUGCCCUAUGACAAGCGUGAUCCCAACCCUGGUACAAACUGCCACGUGCAGGCUCAGCUCCGCUCGAACAUGGCUGAAAAUGAGGGGGGCACUGGACCUCAUGCGCCGUCCGAAUGUAUUUGCUACAAUGGUUUCGAGCGAAAGAGAAUUGCAAAGCUUUUCGAAAUUGGGGCUAAGGAGAAUCAGGCUCAGAUGACAGGUAUUUUCGGCGUUCCUCGUACUAGGAUAGGAAAAGCGCUCGCAUGGAUGUGGGAUGGAAGUAGUAUUAGGGGUACAAAAGCACAGUGGGAAGCCCUUGGUGAAUUUGUGGCAAGGUGCCUCGAUUUUACCGCGAUGCUGGUGCCGAUUCAUGGUAUUGAUAAGCUUGGUGGACCAGGCUCCCUUGGUGAAAAGCUGGAAUACCAAUACCUUGCUCCAUUUGCACGUACGGAAGGAACUAAGUUUGCGCAGAGCAAGCCUAUCGCGGUAGGCGGAGGCUCUCAAGAUGGAGGCUCUCAAGAUGGAGGCAUGCAGCCUGCGGAGGCUGGGGCUGGAGCACUCAAGGCAAGUGACGUGCCGGCCGCGUCUGGUGCUGGUGCAGAUGCCGGGCCCCCACGUAUGGAAGAGAAGGCGCUUGGAACUAAGCCUGCACAGGGCGUGCCUAUCGCACCAAUGGCAAAAGGUGGAGGCUAUCCAGAGAGUGUGCAGCUGCCUGCGGAAGCGGGGGCUGGGGCUGGAGCACUCAAGGCAAGUGACGCGGCGGCGCCUCCUAAUGCAGCACCAACGGAAGGUGGAGCGGAUCGGCCUGAACCUGCGCAGGACGAAGCGAUCGCAGCAAAGGCAAAAACCGCUGGUGCCUGCUGUUGACCCGCUUCCGGCUUUUGCGAGACGAGAAUAUUGUCGUGCAUAGCAAGGUAAACGAGACGAAGAGACUGGGAGUAGGGGAUGAAGAUGGGUUUGCACUUUUCAGCACAAGUAUGAUGUGUGCCCAAGUGGAUUGUGGAUAGGUUUUGCUGGAGGCGAUGAAGAACAGGAGCAGCAGGUGAAGAUUGGAAUUAAUUACGGUGUCGAAGAUGAGGAGACAGAGUUCGUUGGCGCCUAAGAUGAUGAUGAUGUUGUUGAUGAGGAAGAAGACGAUCACGAUGGUCGUGAUGUAUAUACUAACAAACAAGGAAGGGGCGCAAAUAAAAAAUAUGAUAUAGUCAUAGCUGUGCCGUGAGAUUUGAAAUCUGCAGACGACCUUAGCUAUAUUUAUAUGAUCCAGGGCUCAGGGCGACGGUGCCGCCCCCUAGCGCGGGGGGGGGUACCGUGCAGCCCCGGCGCCUCGUCACCAGAACAGCGGAAAACCCUUGGUGAAUUUGUGGCAGGGUGCCUCGAUUUUACCGCGAUGCUGGUGCCGAUUCCUAAUAUGAAUGGUGGAUCAGGCUCCCAUGGUGAAAAGCUGGCAUACCAACACGUGUCAGGAGAUGUUCAAGUUGAUGGGCUUCCAUUUGCUCGCGUGCCUAAAGACAGCGGCGUGACUUCAACACCCCAGGACAAGGCGGAAGCGAUCUAGUUGUG